AAUUACAUGUAAAAAUGUGUCCAUACAGUUUCUUGUGAGAUUUUAAGAAUAAGUUAAGAAAGUUAAAGGGAACUUAGUGUAAGUAAGUUUCUACGAUGGCGGGAGACCAAAUGCAAAGCCAAAAUUCAGAAUUAGGGAACAUGACAGACAUAAAUUCAACAGCUAUAAAUGGAACAAGUUAUAACCCAUUGUGUGAUGAAAAUACUUAUUGUGAACCAUGGGAGGACUACAUUGAUCGUGUCCAUGCUUUGAUAUACCCAGAACCCGGGGAAUGGGUUCUUAUUGUGGUAUAUGCGUUGACAUUUUUUGUAGGACUUAUUGGAAAUAUCCUAGUUUGUUUUGCGAUCUGGAGAAACAAAAAUAUGCGAACCAUUACAAACAUGUUUAUAGUGAAUUUGUCCGUAGCAGAUCUUGCUGUUAUCAUUCUUUGUCUUCCAUCUGCACUUCUAAUUGAUGUCACAGAAACUUGGUAUUUAGGAAACACAUUCUGUAAAAUACAUAUUUUUCUCCAAUCAAUCUUCAUAUCCGUAUCAGUUCUCACGUUGAGUUCCAUAUCAGUUGAACGAUGGUACGCAAUUUGUCAUCCACUACGAUUUCACAGCACAGUUGGUCGAGCACGUACAAUCAUCAUCAUUGUAUGGACCGUGUCGAUUCUUCUUGCCGUUCCGGAACUCAUAUUCUCUACAGUGAUACCAUGGAAUGCACGAACUGUUCUCUGGUCUAGUUGUGGACCAUAUUUGUGGAAUACGAGAGAUCAGACUAUAUAUCAGGUGUUCUUGAUGAUAGCAGUGUACUUUGUACCAAUGAUUUUGAUGGGCUUUACGUACAUGCAAAUAGCUUUAGUUUUAUGGCGAGGUCACAUUCCUGGUGCUUCUACUUCAAGAAAUUCCCGAAGUCGGCAACCAAUGUUGAAUAACCGACAUCAGCGGGAAUCAACAGAUGGCGAGGAUCAAAUGGAUGGUAGAAGGAAGGCUGCCAAGAUGCUUGUAGCUGUAGUAUUUAUGUUUGGUAUAUGCUUCUUCCCUAUACACCUUUACAAUAUAUUAAGAUACACUGGAUCAAAUAAAAAUAUGAGUCACUCGGCUGAAAACAUAUUUGUCCUAACUGCACAUUGGGCAAUCUUCUUCAAUAGCUGUGUAAAUCCAGUUAUUUAUAAUUUCAUGAGCGAUAAAUUUCGGAAAGAAUUCAAAGUGGCUGUUCUAGCCUGCUUGAGUUGUGGGCGACGUACGGGGCCCUGGAACAGAGGUGAUAUGUACAGAGUUACAUUUAACAGUGGCAGAACUAUAAGUGUUCGUUACAGCAAUCAUACGCAAUUACCGAUGCAAAAUUGUGUUUAGAAACAAAAUGCUACAUUUCUUCAUGAUUUUUAUUUUACUGUUGUUCUACAAAAUGUAUGACAUGUCAAAUGACUUACUAUUCCAACUGCAACUGUGUUUAAACAGCCACAAACUUAAGGUACUCGAGCUUUACAGCUAAGAAAAACAGCGUCAAACAUUUCUGUUAUUAUGUAUUUCUAUGAAAUGCACUUGGCUGGAGAACAGUGAUUUUAAAAUAAAUGUCAACAAGUAUUUACAAACAUUGAAAAUGGUAUUUUCGUAUAUGUUUCAAGCUUUUGCUUCUUGUCUGUUUAUUUUCUUUUCUCAUCUACAAGAUUUUCUUUUCAACAACU